ACGAGGAAGAAAAAUAGUGAAUGAUUGCAUGAAGCAGGAAAUUGUUUCUUUUUCUGUAUCUCAAAAUUGGACCUAAACGUGCUUUUUAUUCACACUUAUUUCUUUUCGGAACCUCUCUCUCAAUCUCAAACAAAUAAAAAGUCUAUAGAUCUUCUCUUUCUCUCUAAUGGCGGCCAAGAAGAACAGACCACCCUCCACCUUGAAGAGUACUACUAUUCCUGCUCUUCAGCCACCUAUUCUUCUCUGCAGACUCCGUUCCUUCUUUUGACAUUUUCAAUGCCUUUCAGUUGCCACAUUUCUCUCUCUCAAAUAUAACCCACAAACAAACCCUCUUUUUUCUCUCUUAAAAAACCCAAAAAAACAAAAGAAACACUACGACUUCUGCUACUGCACCUCUCUCUCUUUCUCUUGGUUUUCGUGUUCCAUUUCAACUUUUGUUAAAAACCCAUUAUUUCUCUCUCUAUCAUUCCAAGAAAGAUUAAAAAAAAAUAUAUACACAAAACAAUAAAAACAAAAGCUACCAUCUUUGCUCUCUUGAGAUCUGUUUUUGUUCUGUUCUUGCUUUUGGUUUUGUUGUUGUUGUUCAUUUCUUGGUUUUUUGUUUUGUGGUUCUUGAACUUUUUGUAAGUUUGUUGUUAAAAAUGGGAAGUAAAUGGAGAAAAGCAAAGCUAGCUUUGGGUUUAAAUCUCUGUGUUUAUGUACCGAGAACACUAGAAGACUCACCACCACAAACACAAUCAAGUGAAAGGUUAUCUGAUGCUGCUUUGCUUUCACCUGCUAAUUGGGACUCAAGGCCAAUGACACCAACACCUUCGUCCCAUGGUCCAAGUUUGUCCAAGAGUGCAAGCAAAUCAUCGAAGCAAACCUGCUCAAUUUGCCUGACCAAGAUGAAACAAGGAGGUGGCCAUGCUAUCUUUACUGCAGAGUGUUCACAUUCCUUCCAUUUCCACUGCAUUGCUUCAAAUGUGAAACAUGGCAACCAAAUUUGUCCUGUUUGUCGAGCAAAGUGGAAAGAAAUCCCCUCGCAGGCUCCUAGUUUGGAUCCUCCUGGCCGAGCAUCCAUCAAUGCAGUAGGUUGGCCGCAAAAUGAUGCUUUGAUGACUGUGAUCCGCCGAUUUCCUCCUCCACCUCCACGACGAGAACUGAAUCGGCGGCCCACUGUGCCAUUGCUUCAGGCUUCUGAGCCUAGUAUAUUUGAUGACGAUGAAUCCUUGGACCUUCAACCUGCAUUUUCUGAUAGAAGCUCUGGCAAUAAAACUCCAGAUCACAAUUCUCAAAAAAGCAUAGAAAUUAAAACAUAUCCAGAAGUACCAUCAGCAUCACGGUCCUGCGCAUAUGAUAACUUCACUGUUUUGGUCCAUCUCAAAGCUCCUGCUACAGUUACAAUGCAAAAUCCAAGAAUAAACCAGGCUAGCUUGCCCCAACUCUCUCAAUCUCCUCGUGCUCCAGUUGACCUAGUCACAGUUCUUGACAUCAGUGGUAGCAUGGCAGGCACAAAGCUAGCAUUACUAAAGCGGGCAAUGGGGUUUGUAAUACAGAACCUUGGCUCAAAUGACAGGCUCUCAGUUAUUGCCUUCUCUUCCACUGCCCGCCGACUUUUCCCCCUGCGGCGAAUGUCUGAUACGGGCCGGCAGCAGGCACUUCAAGCUGUUAAUUCCUUGGUUGCACAUGGCGGUACUAACAUUGCGGAAGGCCUAAGGAAGGGAGCAAAAGUUAUGGAAGACCGAAGGGAAAAGAAUCCUGUGGCGAGUAUAAUACUGCUAUCAGAUGGGCAGGAUACAUAUACUGUCAGCAGCUCAGGGGCUAACCAGCCUCAGCCAAAUUACCAUUUACUCCUUCCUUUGUCUAUUCAUGGUGGUGACACUUCAGGGUUCCAGAUUCCAGUGCAUGCUUUUGGCUUUGGUGCAGAUCAUGAUGCUUCAUCAAUGCAUUCAAUUUCAGAAGUAUCAGGAGGCACCUUCUCUUUCAUUGAGACUGAAGCUGUAAUCCAGGAUGCAUUUGCACAAUGUAUUGGGGGGCUUUUAAGCGUCGUGGUGCAGGAAUUGCAGGUGGGAGUCGAGUGCGUGCACCCCAGUAUCCACCUUGGCUCACUGAAAGCAGGAAGUUACCCAAGUCGUGUGAUGGAUGAUACACGCUCGGGACUUGUUGAUGUUGGAGAUCUGUAUGCUGAUGAAGAGAGGGACUUUCUGGUUUCAGUUAAUGUACCAGUAGAGUCUUCUGAAAACCAAACGUCACUCUUAAAGGUUAGAUGUGUUUACAAGGAUCCUUUAACUAAGGAAAUGACAACAUUAGAAAGUGAAGAAGUUGUACUAAAGAGACCUGAAAUAUCUGGAGGAGCAGCAGUGUCAAUCGAAGUGGACAGGCAACGUAACAGACUUCAAGCAGCUGAAUCAAUGUCGCAAGCAAGAAGUGCAGCUGAGCGGGGAGAUCUGGCUGGUGCAGUUUCCAUCCUUGAAAAUUGCAGGAGGGUAUUGUCAGAAACCGUAUCAGCUAAAUCCCAUGACAGAUUAUGCCUUGCAUUAGAUGCAGAGCUCAAGGAGAUGCAGGAGAGGAUGGCAAGUAGGCAUGUUUAUGAAGCAUCUGGCAGAGCUUAUAUUCUAUCAGGUCUAAGCUCACACUCAUGGCAAAGAGCAACAGCAAGAGGAGACUCAACUGAUGGUUCAAGUCUUGUUCAGGCUUAUCAAACCCCAUCAAUGACUGAGAUGCUUACUCGAUCUCAGGCUAUGUUAUUAGGUAGUCCAUCAGCUCAGAGGCUUAUCCAACCUUUAUGGUCAUCUGGAUCACAACCAAAUCCAAGGUGACUUCUUAGGAUCUUUCUGUCCAGUGCCUAUUUUUUUGUUGCCCUUUUUUAUUUUCAAAUAUUAUUUGGGGUAAAGAGGAUAAAUCAGAAAGAUAAGAAGAGGGGUUCGUUUUUUACUGUGAUUUUGCUCGUUUCAUGUGUAAAUGAAUAAAAAUUUGGAAAAGGGGUCAAGGGAUAUAUUUGGAGGUUAAAGAAGAGGAUCACUAGGUAGGGUCAAGAGUUUUUCUAGUUCACUUUUGUUUUGUGUUGGUUGGGGGUGAUGUACAUAUGGAGAAAUGGUAUUUUACUCUAGGAGAACUGGGUAUAAGUUUGUAAUUGUGGAGAUAGUUGGGAUGAAGUUUUUUUGCCUAAUAUAAUUUACCUGCACUCAAUUCUUUUUCA